AUGGAGGGCGAACAGGUCGAUCGACAUCAGGGCCUGCCUUCGAGAAUGCUCAUCGGCUUGUCGCGGAUGCUGGGAAACAGCAGAUGUGCGAUGUGGCGCGUCCAGCUUCCGGGCCGUGACGGCCUCGGAGAAUUCCUUGAGCUCCAGGAUCACCGGCACCAGCACCAGAUCAGGAUUGCCGUCGGCUGUCCGCUUUGCGGGUUCCUAGUUGUAGGCGAUGGCCCGGAUACGGCUACGGGUAGAGAAUGCGCCGGGCGAGGAGAGGAAGCGUAA